GCAUUUUAAACUAUUGUUAUUUUUUGAAAUGCACACGUUCCACGCCGUUACACUUUGACGACCAGCAAUUUACAGUUUUCAUUUGUAGAGGUAAGGUCUAACUAUAAAAAUAUAAACUCACUUCAGUAAAUACCGAGAUUCAGUGUAUGGAUUGUUGGAUUAUCAUUCACAAUUGCUUGCAGAAUUGAUCUCGCGAAAUGAUGGAACUUCAUACAGAAAGUGAUCCCUUUUCAAAAUGGCACACCACAAACCACUGAAGGACUAUCUGGCGUGCGUAGCUGUAGAUAUCGGCUCCACGGGCACAGGCUACGCUUAUUCCACGCGAGAUGACUUCAGGGCGGACCAGUUAGACGUUACUCUGAACGAAAAAUGGACUGAGGAAUCCCAGGGAUCACUGGGCCUAAAGGCGCCUACGUGCCUACUGUUAGACCCAACGAUGCAGUUCCACGCCUUCGGCUACGAGGCGGAAAAUAAAUACGCAGAACUGGCAGCGGAAGAAUUGCACGAAGACUGGUACUAUUUUGAAAGGUUCAAAAUGCAGCUCUUUAAAAAUGAGAUUACUCCAAACCUGCAAAUUGAAGAUGCUAUUGGUAAGAAGGUUUCCGCGCUUUUGGUUGUCACGGAGACCAUAAAAUACAUCAAAUCUCACGCUAUGGAGCGACUGGUUCGUCAGGAACCUAAGAUGAAGGAGAAAGAAGUCCAGUGGGUCGUUACUGUACCAAGCAUCUGGGACAAAGCAGCAAAAACUUUAAUGACAUCGGCGGCUAAUAAGGCUGGCAUAAAGAGUUCCAAUCUGAUAAUUGCCAAUGAGUCUGAUGCAGCAUCCGUCUUCUGUCUCUUUGCUAAAUCCGAGGCGGGUACCGGAAGUCUAGACACACAACCAGUAGGGGCGACGUACCUAGUCGUGGAUAUCGGAGGAGGAACAACAGACAUUACUGUCCACGAAAGAGCAUCCAGAAUGGAAAUAAAGGAAGCGCACGAACCGUCCGGGUUGUCGUGGGGAGGUGUGGCCAUUGAUGAGGCGUUUGUCAAAUUCAUGACCGGAAUGCUUGGGGAAGAAACCAUGGAUCGUUUCAGAGUUCAAGCAUGUGGUGAAUUCAUAAAAUGGAUCAAAGAAUUUGAGAGACUGAAACAGGAUGUUCCCUCCGUAGAGAAAAAGAAGAGUGAGAAUUUUAUCAUCUACAUCCCGAACAGAUUGAACGAGAUUUAUCAGUCUUUAAAUGACAAAACAAUUUCCGACCUGACACGAAGCGGAAAAUUCAAACACAAAGGCAAAAUCAGAGUGACAGACGGUAAGAUGCAUUUUGAAAUGAGCAUCAUCCACGAUGUUUUUAAAACGGUUACAGACAAAAUAGCAGAUCAUCUUGAUGCGUUAUUCAAAAUCAAAGAGCUUUCUUCAGUUGUGAUGUUGAUAUUUGUUGGUGGAACCGCAGAAUCGAAAUUCGUCCAACAGACGAUGUUCCAUAAAUACCAACAUUCGAAACGAUACGUGUUGUAUCCGAAAGAACCCGGUACAGCUGUCCUUAAAGGAGCGGUGAUUCUUGGGCAUGCGGCUAACAUUGUAGACAAGCGAUUGUUACGUCAUACCUAUGGCUCAGGGAUCAAAGUUCCUUUUCAACAAGGAACCCACCCGGAGAAGCUAAAAAUAGAAAGUGCGGGUGGAACCUGGUGUCGUGGUGUGUUUAAACCGUUCCUAAAGGCGGGAACACCAGUCAAGGUCGGCAUGGUGAUUCGAAACGAAAUCGAGGCUAUCAGUUAUGAAGAUUCCGUGUUUGCGGUUUAUAAAACUAACAAGAGGGGCGUUGAAUACAUCACGGAUGAAGCAUGUCAAGAAGUGUGUAAGGUGUGGAUGAGCCAUGUUCUUCCCGCCAGAUCUAAGAAGCCACAGGUCUACACGAUUAAAUACACCUUUGCCGAAUCCGAGCUGAUCAUCGAACUCGCUCUCAAAGAAACGGGGAGCAAAUACGUAAUCACCAGUGAUAUUGAAUUUGAGGAAAAUUUCUGAAAUUUUAAGAAUAAUUUAGAUGAUUUGAAAUCGUUACACGUUUAGGUAUUGUUUAAGGACUAGUCUCGUGCUAGAAACAGCACUAUGGGAGUACAUAACACAAUGCACAACGUGUGUUCGAUUUGUUAUUCGGUCAUAUCUAUUAGGAAGUUUGAUCUUUGAUUACACAUACAUGUAACUUUUUUCACAAACAUCAUUUUCUUCUCAUUUCCUCUCUACGUGCACAAAACCCCUUGGACUUUACAUGUGGGGUUAUCAGGGCCCAUUAUGAAUGGUACUCUGUUUUUUGAUGGAUUGAAAGAAUAUUGUACAGUCCAAUAAAAAGGAAGAUGGUA